AUGGACGACGAAUAAUAGGAGAAAUAGCAUCUGGCAAAUGAUGGUAGAUAGAUGACUCUCAUCGAUUAAAUCAUUAGGAAUAAAGUGUUCAAUUGCAGAUAUUGGAAGGAAGAUUGUUUUGGUUUAACAGCAGUAACAUUAGUUGAUAAGGCAUGCAAAUUGGAUUGUGUAGGUGCUACAUACUCAGGCACUGGAAAGCCUGUGCCAUUCCUUUGUUUAUUGAUGAAGCUAUUGUAAAUCAAUCCAGAUAAAGAAAUUAUUAUUGAAUUUCUUAAAAGCAAAGAUUACAAAUACAUAAGUGCUUUGGCUAUGUUUUAUAUCAGAUUGACUUCAAAACCAAAGGAAGCAUAUCCAACUAUAGAAUAGUUUUAUGCAGAUUUUAGAAAAAUCAGAAUCAGAAAUUUGGAUGGUACGUUUGCAAUUUGGCAUAUGGAUGAAUUAGCAGAGAAGCUUUUAAGUGAGGAAAUUAUUUUUGGAAUAUCCUUGCCCAGAUUCCAGAAAAGGUGGAUUUUGGAAGAAUUAGGGUAAUUGGAGCCAAGGAAGAGUGUGUUGGAGGAGGAAUUGCAGAAUUAGGAACAGGAACAGGUGCAAGUUGCAGAACAAUAGAAUUAAGAAAAGGACUAGGAGUAGGGUUAAGAACAAAAGGAGGAGGGAGAGCAGAAAAGGUCAAGAAGCAGAAGUAGGAGUAGGAGUCACAAGAAACAUAAAAAACAUCACAAACAUCAUUCUCAUCAUAGAAAGUGA